GCAUGUCUGUCCCACAGGCUGACAGUGCUCUGUUCCUGAUAGCUGUUCACUGUCCUCUGCUGCCUGUGGUUGCCUCUGGCACUUUCUCACCAGGUGCCUCUUCCUCUGGCACUCCCAGCACCUCAGGUCUUGCCAUGCUGUCAUCGUCCCAGUUGGAGGUUCCUUGGUGUCCUGGUUGCUGUCCUCCUGGAAAGUGGACUUUCAGAUUUGCCUCCACAUCUUUAGUGUGGGCCAACACUUUGGUGAGGUUAUCUGGGCGAGUGAUGUGGACCUGCUGCUGGUGUCAGGCUGAACCCUCAGAUGAAUGUAUCAAGGGCCAGGCUGUUCCUUAUAUAGGUGGGGAGCUGUGGGUUAGCCUGCUGGGUUAUCUGCUGGAAGUGGUCAGAGGCACCAUAGCUAGAAGCAGGACCCUGUGAUUUGGACUCACUAGCCAGGCUAAUACUUUUGCAUUUAACUAUAUUCCAAGCUUUCUGGGGAGCUGAAGAGACUGGGUAUCCAAUGCUGGUGAUGUUGCUGUGCUGCAAUUUGCUGCAUUGAGAACAGUCCUCUCCCUGAAUGCUGCUACUUUCAAAGCUGCUGCUGAGUUUGGACUGAAUGAGAUCCACCGCUUCAUAAAACUCCGUCUUCCAGCUGCAUUCAGCAGGAGAUUACAGCAAUGUCUGUCUCUCUGGCCUGUCAGUGGUAGGCAGGGAGAGUUCCCUACCCUAAAUUCAGUUUCGAUGUGCAUUUUCUCACCAUACUCUGUGGCACACCCUCUCACACAUUUGACCAUAUUAAUAGCUGGCAAGAGGGGCCUAGUGGCAUAGAUUGCCAUGUCACCAGUGCCUGUCAGGGACUUUCUCCUUUUUAUGAGUGGUGGGAGUACUAGUCAUUGAGUCGAUUAUCCUGUGAACGUUGUUCACUGUUAUUCUAGGCAGGUUUUGCAGACAUCUGGGGAAAAUUCCCUCAAAGGAGUAGCUAUCACGACUAACCUGCAAUAGUUCGGCUGACCUGGCUGGCUAAUGGACCUACUUCAUGUUUGUGAAUCAAAGAAGAUGGCCCCACAACCCUACUGCAAAAGGUGUAUCAUCUUGGUAGGCCACAGUAUCACAAUGCAGCGGACUUGAUCAUUAAAAUUUUAAGUAUGCAAUUUUUAAAUAAGUAAAUAAAGUAAAUAAAUAAAUAACAAUACAAUCAAAAUUAAUGGGCAUGUCUUGGCAAUAUUGCUGAGGAAUAUAAUUUCAGAAAAUGUUUCAUGUUGAGUUGCAGUGAAGUAAAAGAUGUGCUCAAAAAAGGCAUACAUUGAUGAUACCUAGAAUAAAAUCACUGGCUGUUCUCAGGUGUGCACUCAUCUCCUGACAACACAUCCUGUACAACAGUUCUAAUUAAAUCUUUUGGGUAUUCAUUACCAUUCAGUAUGAUAAAUGAAAUGGUAACCCCACCAUAUAUAUAUUACUACAGUUUACAAAAGCAAAGGAAUGAUGACUAAGUAGUCACAUAAUGCUGCAUCUUAAGUCUUUUCCUUUGAAGAUAAUUCUCAUCUGCACGUUAAAUAUAACGGCAGGGAAUUUGAUUGAUGACACCUCUAUAAUCAAAAAUCUCACAAAAGUUCAUAAAGGAGAAUCCUGUGGCAAUUCUUCAACUCUGUCCUGUUCAGGAGCAUCACCAACACCAGCUGAUGUACUGUUGUACAUGACUGUAGCAGCAGUCAUUUUUGUGACGGUUUGUGGAAAUCUACUUGUCAUUGUCUCCAUCUGCCACUUCAAGCAGCUCCACACACCAACCAACUUCCUCCUCCUCUCUCUGGCUGUGGCAGACUUUCUAGUUGGAGUAACUGGGAUGCCUUUCCACUUUAUUACAUGGCUGGAUCCACACUGGUGUCUUGAGACAAUAUAUUGCACACUUUUUAAGAUAGCAUCCUUUUACAUGACUUGUGUGUCUAUUUACAAUGUAGCUCUUAUUGCAGUGGACCGAUAUUUUGCUCUGAGCAACCCCUUUCUUUACUGCACUAAAAUGACAGUGAAUCUGACUUUGAGGAUGCUAUAUACUCUCUGGUUGUCUUCACUCAUCUACAGUGUACUGCUUCUUUAUACCAGUGGAAAUAUUUCUGAAAUAACUGGAAAUGUAACAUGUACCGAGUGUAUUGUUACAGCUAAUGAGUUUUGGACCAUUUUUGACUUUGUAAUAGUAUUUAUUGUGCCCUGCGUGACAAUCAUAAUUAUGUACCUGAAUGUUUUUGCUAUUGCCAAAAAGCAUGCACAUGAAAUAAAUUGUGUCAGAAAACAAAAUUCAAGUGGCACAAAAAUGAACAAUUUUUCAACAGGAUCAGAAAGGAAAGCAGCAAAAAAACUGGGAAUUCUAGUGGCAGUGUUCUUACUGUGUUUAAUACCCUACUACAUAAAUGCUUUUCUUUCUGUAUAUAUAACAACACCAUCUGAGUAUCUUACAUAUAUGAGUACUGUUACUCUUUUAUAUCUAAAUUCAUCAAUCAAUCCUAUCAUUUAUGCUUUGUUCUAUCCAUGGUUUCAGAAGUCUGUAAAGCUAAUUUUAACAUUUAGAAUAUGUGGCUCAGAAUCUUCAUUGUUGAAUGUGCUUUUAGAGGAGAACUGAACAAUCUGACAUUGAACAUUGUAGUAAGAGAUCUUAAAACUGCAAAACCAUGGAAAUCAGUAACACAAAUGUUUGUUUGAAAUCAGUAGCAUACAUGCAGUGUACUGGGGGAAUAUGCAGGGAAACAGACACUGAAUUCACCAGCACAUUGUUUUUUUAUUUAUUACUACCUGUGAUCAUAAAUUCUCUGCAGUGAACACAAGCUUCUUUUAAUGCUGCCAAACAUGUCUCCACAUCAUAAAUGGUGAAGUCCAAACAAUAUAAAAUAACAUUUAAAAUUUGUAAAAUUAUUGUACA